GCCGAGCCGUGCCGCGCCGAGCCGGGUUGCUGCCGCAUGUCGGGCCGGCGGGCGCGGGGCCCGCUGCAGCGGGUGCAGCGCCGGAGCCGGGAGCUGCAGGCGCAGGUACCGGGGCUGCACGGCUCGGCUCGGCUCGGCUCGGCACGGCCGGGGGCUCACGGCGUGUGUCCCGUGUUGCAGGUGGAGGAGCUGCGGGAGGAGAGCGCGGCCGCGGGCCGCGGGCAGCGGAGGGCGCUUUGGCAGAGGUGCGUGCAGCUCCAGAGACUGCUGGAUGAGAAUGCAAACGCUCUGCGUGGUUUGAGCAAAGCUGAUGAGCCUGCGCCUGUGGGGAAUUACAACCAGAGGAAAGAAGAAGAGGAAAAGCUAUUGCUAAAGCUUUCCCAGCAGCUGCAGAGACUUACUCUUGUCUUGGACCAGGAUAACGUGACUAGGAGUUAUACAGGGGAUGAGAAACGUCACAAAGAUCCUCAGACAGAAGAUGAAGAUGAGAGUGAAGUUGAAGAAAGCAGUGAGGAGGAAGACAGUGAAGAAGCAGAUGAGGAGGAUAAAUUGUUGGAUGAUCCAACCGUGAAAGAAUGUGUUGCAGUUGGAAACUUCAGUGCCCAGCAGGAGGGGGAUCUCACCUUUACGAAAGGUGAAGUCCUGCUUAUACAUGACAAGAAGGCAGAUGGCUGGUGGGUGGCCGAAAACUCGAAGGGGGAGAGAGGCCUCGUUCCCAGGACCUAUCUUGCGGCCCAUCAUGAAGGUGGUGAAAGCCAAGAGGAAAGUGAAGAGCACAUAGAAGUGGUGGAUGAAACAGCAGAUGGAACUGAAAUCAAAACAAGAACAGAUUCUCACUGGAGUGCUGUAAGAAGAGCCAUCGCAGAGAGUGACACGGUAGAGGUGCUGGCAACCCUGGGAGCAGUUCCUGCAGGAUUCCGCCUGUCCACGCUUUUCCAGCUCUCAGAGGAAGGUGAUCAAUUUCGAGCAAGUCACUUUCUGCAGCCUGAGCUUACUCCAUCACAGUUGGCUUUCAAAGACUUGGUGUGGAACCCUGAAAGAAACACUAUCUAUCCCAGGCCCACUCGAGUGUCCCUGGUUGGAACUGUGUGUAGCUGUAGGAUGAUUCCUGUCCCAGGAGCCAGUGUGCAGGUUCUCAGCAGACACGUUCGCCUCUGUCUGUUCGAUGGCACUCGGGUGCUGAGUAACAUUCACACAGUGAGAGCCACGUGGCAACCUAAAAAUCCUCAGACAUGGAGCUUUUCUCCAAAGGUAACAGGCAUUUUACCCAGCUUGCUUGAUGGUGACUUCUUUGUCAGGUCCAACUCUGUGUCUUCAGACAUUGGUCUGCUAUUGGAACUUGGCAUCACUUUCAUUCGCAAUUCCACAGGUGAAAGAGGAGAGCUAAGCUGUGGCUGGGCAUUCCUGAAGCUUUUCACCUCUAAUGGCAUGCCUGUUCCUUCCAAGCUGUAUGAGCUGCUGUUAAACGGUGGUACUCCCUACGAGAGAGGUGUUGAGGUUGACCCAUCAAUAUCAAGAAGAGCAGGCAGUGGUGUUCUUCAUCAGCUUCUAACACUCAAGAAACAGCCUGUGCUUGUAGUGAAACUGAGGUCCUUAAGUGUGCAGUCCAAAGACAUCCUGAAUUUGCUACCAGAAACGUUAAUUGGCAGCAUGUGCUACAUCCACCUCUUGAUAUUUUACCGACAACUACUUGGUGAUGCCCUCCUGAGAGACAGGAUAAGCAUGCAGAGCACAGAUUUAAUCUGUAAUCCUGUUUUAGCCACUUUCCCUCAACUCAUGGAUCAGCCAGACCUGAUGGAUGCCCUUCGGAGCGCUUGGGCAGACAGAGAAAGAACACUGAAGAGAUCUGAAAAGAGAGAUCAAGAAUUUCUGAAAUCUCUGUUUGUCCUGGUGUACCACGACUCUGUGUUCCCUCUGCUCCACUCCACCCUCCUCCCUGAGUACAAGUGGGCUGAGGAGGAGUCCGAAGCCUCUCGCUGGAAGGUGAUUGCUGACUUCUUGAAAAGGAGCCGGGAGAACGACGGUGCGCUUCAGUAUCUGCUGUCUUCAGACAACACUCACACAGCCUUUGACAUCUCACAGCUGGCUUAUGAUUUCUUGGGAGAACUGAGGAAAAACAAUCCCGGCGUGUGACUCGAUUACAGAGCAAUUCAGAAUUGGGUGUCAGAAGAGGCCGUGGCUGGCUGUUCCUACCUCCCGUAGCCACCUCCAGUGUUGUACUUUGCUGAAGCUGAUCAGAUGCUGAGACAUUGUUUUUCUCCUCUCAUGCACCUUCCAAUUAAUUUCCAGCUCUUGUUUUAAUCAGGGUAAACAAAAGUCUCUUUGUCCCAGUACCCCAGUAGACUGGUAACUGGCAGGGAAGAUAGCAAUGAUUUUUAAGAAUGCUGCUCAGCAAGGUCAGCAAGGUUAGGGGAAGAAAAAAGUCAUCUCUUGUCCAAUCAGUGCAGAGCAGGUUGCUCUCUACUUACUGUUUUUCUCCUUCCCACUCAGGAAAAGGUUGGGUUACUCACAGGAAUGUGCUUGACCCUCCUCAUACAAAUAAAAGCUGGUGAGAAGUUGGGGCAUGCACUACAGCACCUCCCUCACCCAGGGGGAGCAGGAUGCUGCUAGGGGCUCCUUUUCCCUGAGCAGUUGGUACCCACAGGCUGUAUGUGCUGCCUGCUCCCAGGGGGAAGUUAUUAAUCCUGUCUUUUUGGUGUUGGAGUGUCUGGACACUUUCUGCCUGGUGACAAGAACACUGAACCCAAAAAUGCCCUAAGGCAUUUGCCCUUGCUUAGGAGGAGCUUGAACAGUAAGAAACAUGGAUUUGAUCUUUGGUCUCGCUUGCACAAGAGCUUGGCACAGAAGCAAAUUCCUGGGGCAUCACUUGGCUCUCUUAUCAGAGAGAUACGGUAUCUCUCUAGGAUCCCAUCUUCCUGCUGCAGAGUAGUGCCUGAGUUACAGAGGCCAGACUGAUGUCACUCACAGGCAGAGGCCACCUUCAGCCUUUCACCCCACCAGUUACUGGGUUCUGAUGGGAGGCAGAGUCCUUCCAAAGCACAGCUGGCGGGAGGCAGAAACCCAAGCUGCUGUCCUGCAGCCCUUGCUGGGCACUGGGGAGCACGUGGGCAAACCCUCCCUCUUCUCACAGAGCUGUCUAUAAAGAACACUUGGCUGCAAGUUUUCAAAGGCUGGACGUGGCGGGGGGAAGAGUCUGAC